AUGUAUAUGCAUACCCUCCUUUCCACGGUGGGCCUCUUCGCCCACCUCAGCUCCGCUGGCUAUACGUUGCUGGACGACUAUGGCAAUACGGACUCAUUCUUUGACCAAUUCGACUUCUUCACGGGCACCGACCCAACUUCCGGUUUCGUCAGCUAUGUGGACCAGGGCACCGCCGAGUCUGAUGGCCUUAUCUCUGCCAAUGGUGGCGCUGUCUACAUCGGGGUUGACAACUCGUCCGUGACCACGACGGGUCGCAAUAGCGUGCGCAUCUCGAGCACAAACACCUACACCCAGGGCCUGUUCAUCCUCGACCUAGGACACAUGCCCGCUAGCGCCUGUGGCUCGUGGCCUGCCUUCUGGCUUCUCGGCUCUGGCACCUGGCCCGACAAUGGCGAGAUCGAUAUCAUCGAAGGCGUCAACGACCAGUCUACCGACUCGAUGACCCUACACACGACGGACGGCUGUUCGAUCAACAACUCUGGCUUUACCGGUACCUUGAGCACUAGCGACUGCUAUGUCGACGCUGCCGGCCAGAGUAACAACGCCGGCUGCGGUAUCUCCAACCCGAACACCCAGUCCUACGGCACGGGAUUCAACGAUAUUGGCGGCGGCGUCUACGCCACGGAGUGGACCGACUCGGGCAUCAACAUCUGGUUCUUCGGCCGCGACACGGGUAUCCCCUCUGACAUCACGAGCGGUGCCCCCGAUCCUUCGGGAUGGGGCGAGCCCGCUGCUGCGUUUGCCGGCGACUGCGACUUUAGCGAGCACUUCUCGGACAUGUCGAUCAUCUUCGAUAUCACCUUCUGCGGCCAAUGGGCCGGUGCAGUCUGGAGCUCAGACGCGGUCUGCUCCGCGCUCGACAGCAGCUGCAACGACUACGUCGGCAACAACCCCACUGCUUUCGAGGAUACCUACUGGAGCAUCAACGGCCUCCAGGUCUAUCAGGAUACCUCCGCCACCAAGCGCGACGCCAACAUGGCUAAUAACCGUCGCAUGAGUGCCCCCAAGCGCGUCCGCUCUCCUCCCACCCCCAUGCGCGGCAAGUACCGCCGUGACCGUCUGAACUACUUCGCGUAG